AACUGAGAGAGUCGAAGGGACACGUGAUUCUGUAGAUGGGGUGCUGAGAUGAGGUUUCUCGGUCGUUGGGAAGACCAGGCAUCCCGCAGCAACAUUCAUGCUUCCACAGUAUAGAGUAACUGUAUCAUCUUCGACUCAUGUGGCCCAUAGGAUGCCCCUGCACUCUCGCGUACCGUCAUCGAUUCUCUAUUAGUAGAGUCAGCUAACGCUCUUAAUACUCCCUUACUUCAUUGCGAAACUGCGAAGGCACCUCUACACCUCAUCACACCGUCAGUGUCAAGCGCAGUGCUUGUAAUUUUCAGCUUUUGAGUUUCGGAGCGUUUCGGAGCGGCUUGAGAAAACCCAGUAGUUGUGGUUGCACUUGCUUGAGCCUUGGAUUACACUAGAUUUAUUUGCAGAGAAGAAGGGUCUCGAUACAGGGCAGCGUAGACCAGGAGGAGAGUAGAGACCUAAGUUGUGGCAGUAAUGGCCACCAAGACUAGCAUUGCGCAUAUUUUAGGGGAGACCAAAGAGGAUGGCCGUUGCAAAAUCGCCAAGACCAAGAUUUAUUGCACUUUGGGGCCCAAGUCCCGGGAGGUGCCUGUUCUGGAGAAGCUGCUGAGAGCCGGCAUGAAUGUUGCUCGUUUCAAUUUCUCUCAUGGAACGCACGAGUAUCAACAGUACACUCUCGAUAAUUUGCGAAUUGCUUGCGAGAACACUCAAAUAAUGUGUGCUGUCCUUCUGGAUACUAAGGGGCCUGAAAUCAGAACAGGGAAUUUGGCAAGUGGAAAACCUAUCCAACUGAAGCGCGGCGAGGAGAUCUUGAUCACCACUGACUACAGUCACUUGGGAGACGAGAACAUGAUUGCCAUGAGCUACCAAAGGCUUCCAGUAGAUGUGAAGCCGGGAAACACCAUCUUGUGCUCCGAUGGUACCAUUGCCUUAUCCGUUCUCGAGUGCGACGCCGAGAAGGGCGUGGUUAAGUGCCGAUGUGAGAAUACAGCCAUGCUGGGGGAGAAGAAAAACGUGAACUUGCCGGGAGUUAUUGUGGAUUUGCCGACCAUCACACCAAAAGAUAGAGAUGACAUCUUGAAUUGGGGCGUGCCAAACAAGAUCGAUUUUAUUGCAGCGUCCUUCGUGCGCAAGGGGUCAGACCUGAUACAAAUCAAACAGCUUUUAGGAGAGGCAUCAAAGAACAUUCAUAUAAUUUCGAAGGUUGAGAACCAGGAAGGUCUGGUCAACUUCGACGAUAUAUUGAGAGAGUCGGAUGGAGUCAUGGUGGCUAGAGGUGACCUGGGUAUGGAGAUUCCAACAGAGAAGAUCUUUCUGGCGCAGAAGAUGAUGAUCUACAAGUGCAACUCUGCAGGAAAGCCGGUGGUGACCGCGACACAGAUGCUGGAGUCGAUGAUCAAGUCUCCUCGGCCGACUCGUGCCGAAGCGACAGAUGUGGCAAACGCUGUGCUGGAUGGGACAGAUGCUGUGAUGCUGAGUGGAGAGACAGCAAAUGGCUUGUACCCUGAGCUAGCAGUGGCAGUGAUGUCCCAGAUCUGCCAGGAGGCUGAGGCUUCUUUGGAUUAUGCAUCUAUUUUCAAGGAGACAAUGAAGUCUGUUCCUCUGCCUAUGAGUCCGUUGGAGAGUUUGGCCUCCUCUGCUGUGCGAACUGCGAACAAAGUGUGUGCCUCUCUUAUCAUUGUGCUGACUCGCGGAGGUACUACUGCCCGACUUGUGGCGAAGUAUCGGCCAUGUGUGCCAAUUCUUUCAGUGGCAGUUCCCGUAAUGACAACAGAUAGUCUGACCUGGACUUGCAGCGAGGAGUCCCCAGCUCAUCACAGCUUAGUGGUCAGGGGUUUAAUUCCUCUCUUGGCGGAAGGUUCAGCAAGAUCUACUGAUUCGGAAUCAACAGAAGUUAUUCUGAAUGCGGCCAUCAAAUACGCACUGAGGCGGAGGCUCUGUUUAGUGGGUGACUCGAUCGUUGCGCUUCAUCGCAUUGGUGUCGGAAACGUUAUCAAGAUCAUGGAAGUGAAGGAUGUUAAGUAUUACGCCAGGAUGUCAACUAUUCAUAGAUAGAUUCCGUAAUGAGGGACGUAAAACCCGAGGAUGAAGAAAGUCUCAGAUCUUUGUAAUCGGACAUCGCCAGAUCCCAAUUGUGUUCUGAAUAUUGAAGAUUGUUCCUUAGCAUCACACGCUUUGGAAUUCAAGUAUCUGCACCUAAGUUAGUCCAAGCAUCUACAUGUGGCCUCACACAGCGAGAGUUGUCCCCACCACCAAAUACCAGGCCAGAGAAUGAAAGAGCAUCAUGCAGCAAGGGAGUGAAGGAGAUUAAAAGUAGCCUCUACAAUCCUAUAUAAGAAUAUCUUUAAUAGGUGCAAUGCAAGAUGCUCUGUUAGUUUUAAUAAUAAUUAUAUGGCUUAUAGGAGUUGGAUCCUUUACAUUGAUUUACAGUGCCAUUUUAUAAGUUGAUUGAAGUGUGAGAUUGUUAAUCAUACUUCUGCGUACAAAAA